AUGGAUUCUUAUGACAUCCCAGAAUCAACAUCCUCAAGGCUUAAAGAUCACUUUAUAGGUGCCACCCCUCUGCAGAAGCGGUUGGAAUCAGUCAGGAAGCUGACUUCAUUUGUCCCGCCUUCACCUCAAAGGAAAAUUCCCCAAUGUUCACAGUUGCAGGAAGAUGUUGAUCCUCAAAAGGUUGCGUUCCUUCUACAUAAGCAAUGGACUCUGUAUAGUUUAACUCCUCUGUAUAAGUUCUCCUACACUAAUCUCAAAGAGUACUCUAAAUUUCUGAGUGCAUUUAUUGUUGCUGAAAAACAAAAAGGACUUGCUGUGGAAGUGGGAGAAGACUUGAAUAUCAAGGUGAUUUUCUCUACUCUCCUGGGAAUGAAAGGAACACAAAGGGACCCUGAUGCAUUUCUCGUCCAGAUUCUGUCAAAAUCUCACUUGCCAUCUGAGAACAGAGAAGGCAAAGUGUUGUGGACUGGUUGGUUCUGCUGUAUAUUUGGAGACAGUCUUUUGGAGACUGUUUCAGAAGAUUUCACCUGUCUACCCUUAUUCCUUGCAAAUGGAGCAGAGACUAAUACAGCCUUAAUUGGAACCUGGUUUCAGAAAACUUUUGACUGUCAUUUCAGUCCCUUAGCAAUCAAUGCAUUUAAUCUUUCCUGGAUGGCGGCUAUGUGGACUGCAUGCAAAAUGGACCAUUAUGUGGCUACUACUGAAUUUCUCUGGUCUGUGCCAUGUGGCCCUCAAAGUCUGGAUAUUUCUUAUGCCAUACAUUCGGAGGAUGCAAAAGCUCUGUGGGACAGUGUCCACAAAGCCCCUGGGGAAGUGACCCAGGAGGAAGUUGACUUGUUCAUGGACUGCCUUUGUUCACAUUUCCAUAGGCAUUUCAAAAUUCACUUAUCAGCCACAAGAUUGGUUCGCGUUUCAACAUCAGUAGCUUCAGCACAUACUAAUGGAAAAAUAAAGAUUCUGUGUCAUAAGUACCUUAUUGGAGUGUUGGCAUAUUUGACAGAACUGGCAAUUUUUCAAAUUGAGUGA